GUACCAGUGAACUUGUUCAUUGAUGACACUAGCGGCAACCGAUCAAAAAAAUGGAACAAGUUCAAUAGCUGGUCUCUAACGCCCGCUGCGCUUCUACUCACUGAACGCAACAAACGGGAGAACACGCACUUGAUCGCUGUCCACAACAAAUUGACUGCUUUGGAGAUGCUUCCCUUUAUUGUCGAGGACUUGUGCGAGCUUGAAAAGGGUGUGGUGAUGUUCGAUGCUGCUAGCAAUCAGGACGUGUUGGUGGUAGCGCCGCUGUGCUUUAUUUCGGCCGACAAUCCACGGCACGCCGAACUCGUGUGUAGCAAAGGCCUUGCUUCAACUUUCCCUUGUUGCAAGUGC